UAAUUACAGCCCAAAUCAUUAUUUUCGUGGAUAACACAUUUGUUAAAACCAGAGAAACCACAAUCUACCCAAUAUUAUAGGGUAGAAACAUCUCGCCUAUCCACUGUUGUGAUGUGUCAUUCGUCGAUGAACGCUCAAUGAGACGGACGUGCAUGAAAGUCGGGUUCUGUUUGUGCAAGUAAACAUAACUUUUAAAAAAUUGCUCUGUAUAUGAUUGUACCUCGAGUGCAAUAAGUGUUUAAAAUGAUGAAACCACAGACAUUAGCAGAUCUCAGUCACUUUGAUCUGUUUCGAAUACUCGACUUUGUUAAGGCCAACUGCGAUCCGAAGGACAAAUCAGUCCCUUUCGACCAAGUAAAUUACGCUGACCUAUACAAUUUUGCGGCCACAUGCAAGAGGCAUCGCCGCAUCUUAUGGGACUGGUCUCAAGAAAUGUAUGAGCGGCUGGAAAUCGAACUGCUCCAGGUGCACGCUUAUAAGAAACUGACCGUCAAGUUUAAUGAAAUUCACAGCACACUAAAAGGUGCUUCAAAGGCAAAGAAGCAUUGGUACCUGGAUGUCUUUAUCAGAGACAUGUUGGGAAAUCAGAAUAUUGAAUGCAUUGAACUAAGAUACACACCAAGAAAGUAUCUAAAAACUCACGAGGAAAUCUUUCAAAAAAUAUUAAGAGCGAUACAAGCCAAUUUUCAUCAAGAGGAGUCAAUGAAUCCCUAUCCAAAAAUCAGGAGCAAAGUAAAAGAGAUAAUUGUAAAUAUCGCAGAAUGUGAGUUCUUCGGCCUGGGCCAGUUUCGAAACAUUUCAAAGCUUCGUCUCACUGCCAGAUUUGCCAUGUUGGAUCUUGUCGAGUUCUGUAAGAACAACCAAUCAUUGUCAAGCUUGGAGCUGAACUCUUAUCUGCACUCGGACCAUGGAAAAUUAACGUACAUCGUUAAUCACUGCCCGAAAUUAAAAGAAUUAAAAUUCAUGCUGAACGAUAAUGGAUUGCUAAGAGAUGCGGAAUAUGUGAAGUUGGCCAAUCUAGACAAGCUGCAGCAAUUGGAAAUCAGGAAACCCCCCAACCACAUAACAUUUGAAGCAGAUAUGAACGUGGAUAAGUACUACGAUUGUAAAAGACCUAGAAUGGAUACUGGAUACGAAGCCUUGAUCAUACCAGAGGGACCAAAGGAGGAAAACGUUCCCGUUAGGAGCCUUCUCGCAGCUAUUGCUGGCAGGAAAAGGCAAACACUGUCGCGAUUGAUCUUGAAGUUUGAAAUAGAUGAUAAAUUGGUUCAAACUAUCGGGAAAAUCCAGAGUCUAAGACUCCUGGAAUGCGGAAUCUACGAUCUAGGAUGUAUUCGACAUUUGGCAAAGCUCGAAAAACUUACGAAACUGAGUCUGCUGAACAAGGGCCAUCUGAUUUCAGUAGGGGUCAUAGAGCUACUAACCAGACAUAUAACUGUCUCGACUUUCGAUACACAAAUUGGUUUUAGCUCUCGGGGAACUCUAAGCAUAAUUUCAAAUGAUCCGAACAAUUUUCGGGACGUGGAUUUUGCACUUCUUUUGAAAAUGAAAAAUUUAAAGUGUCUUUUUGUUAGCUCCAUUAUGCUAAGAACAGUGAACCAUAUUUGGCCAUCUUUCUUGGAGAAUGGAAUAGAGAUCAAAAGCAACGAAGUUUGUCUAUCGUUUGAUAUUAGGUCAACAUGCCUUUGUAUUAUAAUGGACAGUGAUGCUAAAGUCAAGUUCCCACUUCCUGUAGUCAAGAAUCUAAGAUCAUUUCGAAUGAUCUCCCUGGGAGAGCCCCGGUCACCACUUCUGAAGUCCCUGGAAACACACUACUCGACAACGCUGCUGGAAGUUUACAUUUGUUUGCCGUAUACCAUUUUUGAAUGUCCUACAAGCGAAUACCUUAGCGAAGAAGAUGUCGCUGUCCUUGCGCACAUAACCUCACUCCGAAGGGUUUCCUGUGUGUUACAAAAACUGAAAUUCGUUCAGCCAUUUGCACAGCUGAGGGAGCUAGAGAGCCUGGUAGUCUUUUCUGGUCAUGAUCCAAGGAAAGUCGAAUUCGGAAGGUGGAUCUUUCCCAUUCUGAUAUUGUGCCCAAAACUGGAACAUUUUUAUAUCACUCUGAAGGGUCUACAUCUGCCCCCUAACAGAUUACCAAAGAAUUUCUUUUUUCAUCUCGAUAGUGCACUAAAUAGGAGCAGGGUCGGUAUCUCGCAUAAGUUAAAGUUCUGCCUGGCUUCAAGCACCGACUACAAAUUUACGCAAAAACAGAUAAGGCAGACUGAAAAUAUGAAGUACUGUACGGUUCAGACCAAAUAUGUAGAGAACAAUCACUUCUUUGAUUAAGAAAAUUUAAUUUCAAAAUAUAUUUGACCGGGACUUUAGUUUAAGCUUUCUUCAACCAGUUUUCACUUUUUCAAAUCCGUCGUUCAAGCAAACAUCUGAUUUUCAUACUUACAUUUGAAAAUUGCAUAAAAUCAGAAUCUAAUAAAUGGAACAAAGUCAUAGAUAAUACUAAUAA